UUCCUGUUCAAACGAGUUUUAGGAACCCUCCCUCUCCCUUCCCGAUUCCCAUUCUGAUCUUUUUUUCUUAGUAAACUUCAGCCCUAGAUUUCUCGUGGUUUCCGAAGUUAUUGGCCCUAAUUUUCACGCCGUUGGUGUAGUUCUUAGCCUUCGAUUUCGCUCGUCGUGAGCUACCGUCGCUGGUGAAGUUCUUACCUGGGAUAAGGAAUGCCGAAACGAAGGACUUAUCCGGAUGAUGGGUCGUGGAAAGCCUUGCAAGAGGAUGAGUCUGGAGUCCUUCGCCCGAUCGACAAUAAGUCAAUUUACCAUGCUCAGUAUCGAAGGCGUAUUCCUUCUCCUACUUCCUUAGCAGCCAAUGCUCCAAUUCAGAAGGAGACUUGCUGCUUUGACUCCUGGAUUUGCUGGAGAGACAUUGCGAAUGUUUGCAGUGAAGCUACUGCUUUAAUUGCUGCCAGAAACGAAAGUACAGUGGUCACUAUGGGACACUUUGAGGCAGUUACGGACAAAGUCAUAGGUACAUGUGCCACAAUUUGAUCUCCAUACUUUUUGUCUCUUCCAGCAAAUCAUUGCACCUUCCAUUUAAAUGGUUUACUGUAGAGCAAUGUUGGCAGUAUGAUAGAAUGAUUAGAGGUUGGCGUUGUGAGCAUUACCAAUGGGAUAUGGAUAUCAAUAUCAUUGGAGUAGUUGAGGGUUAUGAUAUGUGAAGUUAUUAAUUUUUGGUUGUAACACAGUUGUGUCUAUCAGUUGGAGGCAACUAUCCCUCACAAUCCCAUCCUUAAGCUCUUUACUUUUGGAUAAUGGGCAAUUGCUUUUCCAACGAAGCGGCUGGUCAGUCUUCCGUUGGUGGUACUGCCUUCUCCCAAAGUACUACUUCCAAUGUUGCCAUAGAUUGUUUCUUGUUAUCUCGGGGCUAUCGGGGCCUCUAUUCCCAGAUCGAGCUUUCAUUCUCUGCAUCCAACUUGCGCGACCGAGAUAUAUUCUCUAAGAGUGAUCCAAUGCUGGUUGUCUACACAAAAGGAAAGGAUGGAACACUAGAAGAACUUCAUCGUACUGAAGUAGUUCAAAAUUCCUUAAAUCCAAAAUGGAUUCAUAAGCUUAACAUUACCUAUCAAUUUGAGGUUGUGCAAACUUUGGUGUUUUUUGUAUAUGAUGUGGAUACUCAAUAUCAAAACUUAGGAGUAAAGAUGCUGAAGCUAGAUGAACAGCAAUAUCUUGGUGAAGCAACCUGUGUACUAUCUGAGAUAGUUACCCAAUCAGAUAGAUCACUUAUAUUGGAUCUUGUAUAUAGAGAAGAGUCAACGAGCUCCAGUCUGCCACGACUCUGUGGAAAACUUACCGUUCAUGCUGAGGAAUGUGUUAGCUCGAAGACCACAAUGGAGAUAAUAUUAAGGUGUUCAGACUUGGAACACAAGGAUCUCUUCUCAAGAAUUGACCCUUUUCUGGUUAUCUCAAAAUUUGUGGAGAGUAAGGGUUCAAUUCCAGUUUGCAAAACUGAAGUCAUAAAGAAUGAUUCGAAUCCUACAUGGAAGCCUAUAUUCUUGAAUAUGCAACAAGUUGGAAGCAAGGACAGCCCCUUAAUAAUAGAGUGUUUUAACUUCAACAGCAAUGGGAAGCACGAAUUGAUUGGAAAAGUUCGAAAAACGCUUGUGGAGUUGGAGAAGCUUUCUUUUAGUGGGGAGGGAGAUAGUCUGUUCUUACUUCCUUCUGCUGGACAUGAUUACCAUAACAAAGCACUAAAAAGCCAGCUAUUUGUGGACAAAUUCUCGGAGAGUGUUCAACAAACAUUCCUUGAUUACUUGGCUGGUGGCUAUGAAAUGAACUUCAUGGUGGCUGUUGAUUUCACAGCUUCAAAUGGAAACCCUCGCCUUCGUGAUUCCUUGCAUUUCAUUGAUCCUUCGGGACGCCCAAAUUCGUACCAGCAAGCAAUCAUAGAAGUUGGAGAGGUUCUGCAAUUUUAUGACUCAGAUAAACGCUUUCCUGCUUGGGGAUUUGGAGCACGGCCUAUUGAUGGUCCAGUCUCUCAUUGUUUCAACCUGAAUGGAAGUAGUCACUACUGCGAGGUUGAAGGAACUCAAGGAAUUUUGAUGGCAUAUACAAGUGCGCUCCAUAAUGUGUCUCUUGCAGGACCAACUCUUUUUGGGCCUGUGAUUAACAAUGCUGCAUUAAUUGCCAGUCAGUCUCUUGCAAAUGGUGCGCGGAAGUACUUUGUUUUGCUAAUAAUCACUGAUGGAGUGGUAACCGAUCUCCAAGAAACUAAAGAUGCUCUUGUUAAGGCAUCCGAUCUGCCACUGUCCAUUCUCAUUGUUGGAGUGGGUGGAGCCGACUUUAAAGAAAUGGAGGUUUUAGAUGCGGACAAGGGAGAGAGACUUGAAAGUUCAACUGAACGUGUUGCUUCUCGAGAUAUAGUCCAGUUUGUUCCAUUUCGGGAUGUACAGGGGGUUUCUAUGGUUCAAGCCCUGCUAGCAGAAAUACCUCAUCAAUUUCUGACCUAUGUUCGAAGCAGAGAUGUUCAACCAAAUUCACGAUCAUCGUACCAAACAGCCUGAGAUAUCAAAUCACUUUUUUGUGUUGCCGUCGCUGUUCCACUUUAGCUGGAAAUAUUGGGCAGUUGUGCGAUGUUGCACUGAGCUUAAGGACUUUUGUUUAUAGUCAGGUGUUCGUAACGAUGCAGUGGGUAUAUCCGUUCAAUGGUUGGUGUCUUUUUCCACGGGGACAAGUUUAUUCAAGAGCGAAUAUUGUUGGCUUUAAUGUGCCAGGAACCUUUUUCUAUUCUAGAGAAGAUGACACCAUAUUAUGGCUAUCUACUCUUUGAUUGACAGAAAGGAAUAUCAGAGAGAUUUCUUCUUUUCAUAUCUUGUUCGUUGGAUUUUAUUUGUGGAUUUUGUGAAUACAGUAUUGAACCUUUGGACUUGCAUGAAUUGCUAAGGUUUCAGAGAAAAUUGAAUCACCCAACUUUGUUGAGGACACAAUGCCUUGGUCAAUUAGCUUUGCAAGUUUUUUUAAGGUUAUAAACGAACAUUUUUACAGUUA